CGACUGGAGGCAGAGUGCCGCUACUCCUCUUCCCCACGCCAACGGAGAAGCAGAAAACAAGGACCUGAGACCGAGGGUGUGUGCAUGAAUCUUCUCAUAUUAAAAAAAAUGAUUUCUACAAUCUAGAUCGACUCGACGCUUAAAGGAUUCUGGAGGAAAGUGUGAAAGACGGGUAGAAAUCAGACGGCUGUCCUGCGCGCUACAGCAUCCUCCCCUCUCCAUCUCUUUCUCAUCUUUCCUCCUUCUCUGCCUCUGCGCUUUUACAAGACUCCCGGCUCCCUCAUCCUGAAUUUCCCCAGUGACUGAUCACUUAUUGCAAGCCGUGAGCUGCCCUUUUUCUUUUGUCGGAGUUUGAACCACAUUUCCGAGCUGCUGGAAGUAUACCGCCAGAGCCCCUGAGAGCUGGCUGGACUCUGUAGCUUUCGUGUUCCCGACACAAGCGGAUCAUCGAGGGGACCUUGCGCGGAGUCAAAAAGACUGGAAAUUAUUUAUCCCUCUCACAUCAACAUACCGCAUGGUGGGAAUUUCUGACUCCUUUCAGUAUCGCACUGGGAAGCGCUCCACCAUGCCCGACUCACCUGCGGACGUCAAGACACAGUCCAGGUUGACCCCCCCUACCAUGCCGCCCCCACCCAGCACACAAGGAGCACCCCGCAACAGCUCCUACACCCCCACCACAUUAACCAAUGGCAGUAGCCACUCUCCUACGGCGCUCAACGGCGCUCCGUCACCUCCCAACGGCUACAGUAACGGUCCAAGCUCCUCCUCCUCAUCCUCGCUGGCCAACCAGCAGCUGCCACCAGCCUGCGGCGCCCGGCAGCUUAGUAAGCUCAAGCGUUUCCUCACAACCCUACAACAGUUUGGCAACGACAUUUCACCUGAAAUCGGCGAGCGGGUCCGCACGCUAGUGCUGGGACUAGUGAAUUCCACACUAACCAUCGAAGAAUUUCACUCCAAGCUCCAAGAAGCCACCAACUUCCCUCUGCGACCUUUUGUCAUACCCUUUCUGAAGGCCAACCUGCCACUCCUUCAGAGGGAACUCCUUCACUGUGCAAGGCUGGCGAAGCAGAACCCAGCACAGUACCUGGCCCAGCAUGAGCAGCUGCUCCUGGACACCAGCACCACCUCCCCAGUGGACUCCUCCGAACUCCUGCUGGAUGUCAACGAGAACGGCAAGAGAAGGACGCCAGACAGAACCAAAGAGAACGGCUUUGAGCGAGAUGGUGCCCUGCACCCAGAUGUUCACCCCAAUAAGCGGCCCUGCACCAUAAGCCCCGCCCAGCGCUUCAGCCCAUCCAAUGGGCUCUCCUACCAACCCAACGGCCUGCCUCACCCGGGCCCGCUCCCUCCGCAGCACUACAGGCUGGAUGACAUGGCCAUCGCCCAUCACUACCGGGACACCUACAGACACCCCGCCUCCAAUCAUCGGGAGAUCCGUGAGAGAGCCAGACCCAUUGGUAUGCAUACAGGGACCAGGCAGGAAGAAGUGAUUGACCACAGGCUGACAGACAGAGAGUGGGCUGAGGAGUGGAAGCACCUUGACCAUGUAAGAAAACUGCUGAACUGUAUCAUGGACAUGGUGGAGAAGACAAGGCGCUCGCUGACGGUACUGCGGCGGUGCCAGGAGGCCGAUCGUGAGGAGCUCAACUACUGGAUCCGACGAUACAGUGACGCUGAAGAGUUGAAAAAGGGUGCCGCUAGUGGGCAGUCAAGGCAACAGAGCCCCGCAGCACAGGACAACGCAACACCAGAAAUUCACAGGGAGCUGCUGCACCGGCCUGUCUCUGGCUACGUCCCAGAAGAGAUCUGGAAGAAAGCUGGUACGGGAGGCUUGACUUCCUCUGUCUCCACACUCUUUCCAGAGGAGGCAGUAAAUGAGGUGAAGCGACAGGCCAUGUCAGAGCUGCAGAAAGCCGUGUCGGAGGCAGAGCGUAAGGCUCAUGAGAUGAUCAGCAGUGAACGGGCCAAGAUGGAGCGUACGGUAGCUGAGGCCAAACGGCAGGCAGCCGAGGACGCGCUCUCCAUAAUCAACCAACAGGAGGACUCCAGCGAGAGCUGCUGGAACUGUGGUCGCAAGGCCAGUGAGACCUGCAGCGGUUGCAACACGGCACGCUACUGCGGCUCCUUCUGCCAGCAUAAGGACUGGGAGAAGCACCACCAUGUUUGCGGUCAGACCCUCCAGGCCCAGCAGCAGCAGGCCAGUCAGCAGCAGGGAGGCGUACCAGGGUCAGAGACCCCUGCUCCCAUCAGUUCCUCCGCCUGCACCCCAAGCAGCGGGACUGGGAGUCCGGCUGCUACCCCGCCUGCUGCUACCCCUCGCUCAUCCACCCCAAGCACCCCGUCCUCCUCUGCCCUGGAUGGCACACCGCGCUAAGAGACUAACAUGGAGGAUGAGGGCAAAGGCCUCCGGGGCGUAACAGCCAGCCCUCGACCCCACAAACAGCAUGACUGUCUACAUUGCCUUGCAAAGAUACUAAGCUAACGUGGCUAACAGAAAGAGAUGGCAAUGCUUCUGUCUAUCUUGCAGCGUAGUCAUAGAAAGAGGAGGAGGAGGUCCAUAAUCAGGUCAUAUUGACUUGCCAUGACUUUAAAGAAACACAAAGAUAUUCUUUGUUUUGAAUGAAUGAAUUUAAAUAUUGACAUCCUUUUAUCGUUACACUUGCUAUUCUCGUUGUCCGUUUGUCGUUGUGCCUGUUGUUGUUAAUGUUGUUGUCAUUGUAGCUUAUCUUAUUUUUUCUUGUAAAUAUAAAGAGACUGAGCAGAGAUAGCCGUGAACUCGAGACAAGUAUAUCUGACCUCCCCUUUUUAAAACGUUUUUAUUUCCCAUCCUUGAAUUAAUGCUUAUUUCCUUCCUGUACCUUGGACACGAGACUAGUUGACCUCAAGAAAACAUUUUACCAAACAACAUACCAAGGGAACAUAACUAGCUAGCAGAAAGACUGACAUCAUCAAUAUUCUUUGUAAAGAAAGAUAUCAGAUUUAAAUACCCUGAACGAGAUGACGGAUGGAUAGAUAAAUAAGUUUUCUGCCUGGAGAGGGGAGAGGAAUGGACUGAAUCUCUGGCCCACAGACCGACUGCCAUGAAAUGGGCAGAUGUGCAGCAGAUUGCAAGCAGAGCCAGCUGUUCAACCAAUGUUAUUUCCCUCUCACUUGUAAUAAUAUCCAGGUCAGUGGGCUGGGAAAUACAAAUCCAUCUCCCUGAAGGAUGUAAAAGGAAGAAUUCUUGGACAAGAUACAAAACUUUGCCCACUGCACAUGUGGAGUAUGUACUGGCUACAAUUCACACAUGCAUGCUUGGUGGGUCACAGAAGCUAUCAAACAGGAAGUGAAGUCAUCAUCCCCACUGGUGAGACUGUCAAAUCACCAGGACAGCAGCCGUUGGGUCACUCAGAGCUGAAACCUACAGUAUGGAGAACUCAGUAGGAAGCUCAUUCUGCGCCCCAUCCUGUCUCAACUCUGACAAACAUUUUCAUCUUUCUUCAUGUUCUUAUUCUUUUUCUGUAGAUGUCAUGGUGUUAAAGACUUCUGUCCUGUGAUGUCACCAAUGGUUAUUUAUUGUAUAUGUGUUGGACAAUUGUGACAAUGCAUAGUACUUCAACCAGUCACAACUCUAAGUCCUUCAUAACUCUCUCUCUCUCUUUCUCUCUCUAGCUGGUGCAAAAAGAGAUAAAAAAAAAAGAAGUUAUCAUUUUUCCAAGCUGCUUUUCUAUUCUGUGUGUAAGUGGUAGAUCACCCGUAGUUCUAUAAGUUUUACUUCCCUUCGUCCUCAAGAAAAGACACAAGCUAUAUCUCAGAGCUGCUACUUGAGUCCGACCCAGAUCUUUUCUGAGAACUAGCAUGUUGCGCGGAAUGCUAACCUAAAUGUUUUGUACAAGGGACAUACAUAAAUGUAUUUGCACUGUCACAGAGGUUAUUUCGGCAUGCUUCUUUUCAGCAUACUUGUGUUGUCAGUAUAGAGCCAUAAUUCAUCAACCAUUUUGUAUGUAGUGAUAGCAUUAUCUGUUUUAACAUUUUUGGGGGUGGGGGGGUUGGAAAAAUGUAAAAUCACCAAACCCACUUACUUUUUUUUUUCUUUUCAACAUGCUAGCAAAAGCGGCCAUAACAUUUUUUUAGUAGUUGCAGACAGUGCAUGCACAUUACUGAACGUUUGUUAAAUAUUUGUUAUUUUUUAGAAAAACUGAAAAACAACCAAAAAAAAACUAAAAAAAAAAAAAAAGAAAAUAUUCUAACAAACUAACUUUCCAAAUGCAGAGGUGUAGACUCCGAUUGACAGCUUUAACACUGCAAAGCACCAGGUAACACACAGUAUUAACACAAGUGAUAAACAAAAAAACACCAAAAACAGCCAAAGACUGACACCAAGGACCAAAAUCCUGAUUUAAACAAUUUUCAAAAGAGGUUUAUUCUCACAAACAUUUGGUUAUUUAUUUCUGUGGUUUUGUUCACGCAUUCAUGGAACAAACCAAUUUAAAUGUCAUAAAAGUCAUUUAUUUUAAUCUGUUCUGGAAGGAGCAAAACCAGUGGCACUCAUCUUGCAUUGUGAAAUGAGAAGGUGUGAAUUAAACACAACGAACAUUUCACAGCAGUGUUACAUUUGAACUGGAGCAAUAAUAACCAAUGAGACAUGAACACUGAUAACUUCUGUAAGCAUUUUCAAAGAAAUUUUUGAGAUAUUUUCAAAGAUUUUAUUCUUGUUUGCGCAUUUUCUCAUUACACCAAUGUUGGAUUUAGUGCCCAUUUCAGCUUUAAGCAGUUAAGUUUUUGAUUCUUAAAGAGGUGAAUGUGAGACUGGGCUUUCACACCAAUGCCAUUUUGCAGUUGUUUUAUAUUUAUUUAUAUCAGUGUAUGUCAUUUUUUUUCUUUUGGCACAAAUAAAUCAGUCGCAGCUUUGUUGUAAACCUUCAAUGUAAAUCAAACAAACCUCUCAUUCGCAGUAAGAGAGCACUUACCCUGACGCACACAAAGGCUCUUCACCCCAAACACCCAAACACCUUGGUGCUACACAGAAGCGCGUUACAAAUUCUGACCUCAAGGAACGAGUGGAGGCCCACAAAGGUUCUGGGCAGUUUGCUCCCUCUGUACUUCCUCAUCCCUCUUGUCUAAAUAAAAAAACACACCUGCAUUCUUGACUCUAAAGGGUUAAACAAUCCAAAAAGGUGUCUGACACCCUACUAGCGACUCCUCAGAAGCUGUGAAGAAACAGCCAAGCUGUUUUUAGUGUAUUUGAAAGUAUACAACAAAUAACAUGUGUGUUCAUCAUUAUCAGGGCAAACCUGGCUUAAAAAAAAAGAAAAAAAAUACUAAGACAAACAUUAUCGCUCAAUAAUUCUUUGAGAAGCUCUAUUUUUUUCUUUCUUCCCUCCUCUAUGUGUGUUUUGCUACAAAUUCCUCGGUGGCAAACAAGUCUCACUCUACCUCUUACAGCACGAUAAGAGCAUCAGUCGCGGCGCUGAUACUGGUCUAGUCGAAACCAAAUGGGCACAAGAGAACAGGAAAAUAAAAAAUCCAAAGUCGAAGCUCAUACAGCUGCAAAACCAUAUCACUACUUGGUAACAAUGCAGACCUCAUAAAUAAAUGAAACAUAAAUGAAUAGAAAUGAGAAAAAAAAAACUGAAAAAAACUUUUGUUAUGUUCCUUUAUGCCUGUGGCGUUUCUAGAGUGCAUCAAGAGUUUGAAUUGUUUGAACAGAUUUUAAAAAUUGUGCUAAUUUUAAAGAAAAGUGUUGUCGAUUCCUCUUUCGAUGAUACAAGCUAAGGUCACAGAUAAAGAAAUGUUGUUUCUCUCUUGCUCUUUUUUCUCCCUUGUUCCCCCUCAACCUUUUUCUCGUCUUCUCUUCUCUGUUGUGAAGACAUGCUAAAGUGCUUGUCGACUUGUCAGCUGGGAUCAAUUCAAAAGGGUGGAUAUACAAAAGGCAAAGCUUGUAAAAAACUAAAAACACUUAAGGCUAUGAAUUUAGGCAUGCCUGUUUUUCACAAUAGGGGGAAAUGUUAUUUCAAUUUCCUACUUAUCAACAAACAUUGGAGAGGUAUGUGGGGCCAACAGUGAAUAGCAAAGGCCGUAGCAUUAUUCUGGGGGAGUGAGUUGAUCUUCGGGGGUGGGAGGGGUUUUUUUGCGUUCUCUUGAGAAAAUUUAUUGUGAAAAAAAGAGCUCAAAUGAUUUGAAGUUGUUGUGCAAUACUUAAUUGAGACAUGAAAACCACAGGUUAGUGGUAGGCUGACACUGGGCGGUCUUUCCAUCGCUUAGAGUCAGUGUCCUCUAGAGAGCUUUCCAGUCUACUAUGUCAGAACUGUGGUUUCUUGUUGAUUUUAUUUCUUUUAUUUCUUUAUUUUUAAUUCUUUUGGGGCUGUAAACUAUGGUCUGUCAGUCUGUGAAACUUUGCAGUAUAAUUCUGGUAUUGUUGUUCU